AUGGCGCUUGCACAUGAGAUUCCAGAUUAUGGCGGUGAAUUCAUGGUAAUUGGUAGUUUUCGGACCAAACUUUGGAAACAGGUCCGAUUCCCUUACAGCGUUCGUACUGUGAAACCAGGGCCUGUAUUGAAUGAACAUCUACACUGGUUGGCCUCUAAGAGUUACUUCCUCUCAACCCACCAAAUCUUCUCCUUCGAUCCACGGAGGGAUACAUUCAACAAGGUACCAAUGCCACAACCUAAGGAUGGAGAUGGAGAUAUUAUACUUGGUUUGGGAGCUGUAGAUGGAUGUCUUUGUAUGGCUCGCUUCGACAAUCCUAGUAUUUUUGGAGGCAAUGUUGAGGCAUUGGCAAUUAAGGAAUAUGGUAUGAAAAGUUCUUGGACCGUUUUGUUCACGAUAUCGAAUUUCGCCGGAUUAUUUCUUUACUAUGAUCGGAUUGUGCCAUUGUGUUCUACAAAGAAUAAUGAAGUUAUAAUGAAAUUCUGCAUAGACGUGGAUGGGGGGGUAUGUAAGGACAUACAAUCCUAA